GCUUGCAAAACCCCGAUUUCCUCGAACCGCCUCGCCUCCCCCGCCCGCAGUUCGCGCUCGAUUUGCGGCGGCCGCGCCGCCACUCCAUCGAGCUACCCGGCGCCGCUUCACCAGGGCGACCGCGCUGCCGCUACCUCCUGUAAGCGCUCCUCCGCGGCGUCGCAGAUCAGCGCUGUUGCCAAUGGUGAUUCAGAGCCUCCGUGAUAUUUUCAGUGAUCCUGAGAUAGACCGUACAAAUAUGACACCUGAGGUGAAAAAAGCUAUAGCAAACCACAGAAUGAAGAAGUAUAAGAUGAUAUGUUUCUUUGGAGCGGCUUUUGUUGUUUGGACUGAUAAAGCAGCUCUGCUCAACAGGAUCUACCAACACAACCAUACGUCUGCUCAAUUGUGCACAUUUUAUUUCAUCAUUGCCCUCGUUUCAGUAUUGCUCGGCAUUAUUGCCUCUUCUUUUCCCGAUACUGCUCCUUGGGCAAUGGUUGUGGCAUGGAAUGGCAGUUUGCAGGCCUUCCUAUUUCUCAACGCGUGUUUCCACCUUAGGAUGAUUGAGCUUUAUCCGGAGUUGCUACACCUAACAAUAUCAUUUAUGGUCACAUCUGUGAUUUUUAGUAUCUAUUGGUCUUUCUGGGCAAGAGAUCCCACGGUUCGUUUGGUGGAAGCUGCACGCCAUGAGUAGGUUCCUCUGUGGUCAAGAGCUGGAUCGGUAGGGUACAUCAAAUCUUGAAUCAUCAAUGUAUGCCUUCCAAGACUAGUUAGGUGAUCAAGCAAUGGUUAAAGUUCUGAAAUUUGGGAAAUGAACUUGGGUAUACUGUCUGGAUUUCUUAUGACCAAAUGAUGAUGUGAUGGUAUGAGUUAUCUGGCAUCGUGCAUGAUUUAGAUUUAGUUCUGUCUACUGAUGACGAUUUCCUUGUGGCAAUUUGAAUAUACUAGGAUUCUCUGCAUUAUCUCUUUAUGCUGUUAUGAACUUUGGAUGGGUUCAACUGGUUUAUAUACUUGCCAUUUGGGAUUUGUCCCCUGAAAAAACUAUGUUAUUUUUU